GGGCCGAGAAGCCGGUGCCUUCCGCCGCUCAGCUGUCGCUCUUUGCAGGAUGAAGAUCUGGAGCUCGGAACACGAAUUCGGGCAUCCAUGGGAUACUGUAAUAAAAGCUGCAAUGAGAAAAUACCCCAAUCCUAUGAACCCAUCAGUGGUAGGAGUUGAUGUCCUGGACCGAAGCCUUGAUAAUCAAGGAAGAUUACAUAGUCAUCGAUUACUUAGUACUGAAUGGGGUCUACCAAAUAUUGUAAAAGCUAUUUUGGGGACAAAUAGAACUGUUACAUACAUUAAAGAACAUUCUGUAGUUGAUCCAGUGGAAAAGAAAAUGAUAUUGAGCUCCACAAAUAUAACACUUACGAAUCUUGUAUCAGUGGAUGAACGAUUAGUUUAUACACCUCAUCCUGAAAAUCCUGAAAAGACUCUUCUAACUCAAGAAGCAAUUAUUACGGUAAAAGGUGUUAGUCUUAGUAGUUACUUGGAAACUUUAAUGGCCAACACAAUAUCGUCUAAUGCUAGAAAGGGGCGUGAAGCUUUAGAAUGGGUGAUUGGUGAACUAACUUCAACACGAGACAGUAUGAAAUCAACAAUGGCAGCUGCUUCGAUGGAAAACUGAUGAACUGUCACAAUCUUUAUUUUUCCAUUGAUUUUUUUUGUUAUUGUUGUUGCUGAGGCAAAUACUCCUUACUUUUUUGAUAUUCAUAUAUAGGCAGG